AUCAUUAAUAGUUGGCAAAUGAUUCAAGUGGUUUAUCUAAACUUAUAAAACUGCUACUUGAUAAACCAACUGCUUAUUCAGUUUUUAAUUGUCGUUAGUAUACUAACAGUUGUUAGUAGUCGCAUUAUAGUAACUGCAGUGAAUAAUAACAUGGAGCAAAUGUUGAAAAUGUUGCAAUCAACUUACGAUGAAGAAAAUAAAUUGUGGAAAGCAUUCGAAGCACCCGUAUCACACCAGAACGUUUACGUCGGUGAAAAGAUAAUCGAGAAUUUAAGAAAGAGUCCAAAUAAACUCUUACAAAUAUUUCACGACGAUGAGCAACGUUUAUACUCCGGAAAUUUUUUGACAUCAAUCGUUCGUGUUGCCCAAAAUUUGAUGAAUAUUGGAAUCAAGCCAAAUGAUGUUGCUGGAGUUGUGUGCAUGAAUUCCAACGCUACAACCAUAUUUAUCAACGCCUGCAUUCUCAUCGGAGUUCCUCCAAACCCGAUAGAUCCGAUGUUCACUGUCGACGAUGUGUGUAACAUGUUCAGCCAGACGAAACCGAAAUUGGUGUUGUGCGAUUACGAUGUUUAUCUAACAGUGAAGAAGGCACUUAAACGUAUGAAUUGUGGAACGAUGAUAUAUACAAAUGGAAAAGUUGCGGGAGCAAAGUCCUUUGACGAAUUGCUAACACCGACUGGAGUCGAAGAUGCAUUUGUCGUUCCAACGUUCGACGAACCUGUUGAUGAGAAGGUCGUUGCAAUUGUUUGCUCAUCUGGAACAUCAGGAUCAUCGAAAGGGGUUUCUGUCAGUAAUGCAUUUCUUCUGUUAUUUUUUGACUUCUACGCAAAUUCUCCUCCCACAACGUCAUUGACCUUCAGCACAACAUACUGGUCUUCUGGAUUUUAUCCCUGCGCAACUACCGGUUUUCCACAUAAGGAAGUUCGCAUCGUCACGAACCAAAGAUUUAGCAUCGGCCUUUUGACUGAACUUGCGGUAAAGUACAGUGUCAACAGUCUGUUUGUGCCACCCACUCAACUGAUAGAAAUCAUAAAAUCGGAAAAAUUUGCAUCGUGUGACCAUUCCUUAAACUCGAUUAUGACUGCAGGUUCAAUGGUUUCACCUUCAGUCCGUGAAAACUUUAAAAUGAAGUUUCCCAACAUAAGAUUAACCGUUGCCUAUGGAAUGACGGAAUGUGCCUGUUCAAUACCAAUGGGUGAAACAAAGCCGACAUCAGUAGGGAACGUAUUCAUGCCGAAUCAUGCCUUUAAAGUCGUUGACGAUGAUGGAAAUCGAUUGGGAGUGGAUUGCGCAGGUGAAUUGAGAAUCAAAAGUCCAAUAAAAUUUCUCGGAUAUUAUGGAAACCCGAAGGCUACCGAAGACGCAUUUGAUGAGGAAAAUUUUUUCAAAACAGGAGACAUUGUGUACUUUGACGAGGAUCAUCAUCUCCACAUAAUUGACAGGAAGAAAGAAAUUCUCAAGUACAAGAAUUACCAAUACAAUCCUUCUGAAAUCGAAGCUGUCAUCGAGAUGAUCGAAGGGGUAAAAUUUGUGUCCGUCGUUGGCUUUCAUCAUGAAGCGUCGGAUCUUGCAACUGCUGUUAUAAUUAAGGAACCAGGUUUUGAGAAAACUGUGUCUGAAGAUUUCAUCGUAAAAUUCGUCGAGGCAAAAAUGCCAAUCCAUAAACAGUUGCAUGGUGGAGUUAUGUUUGUCGACGAACUUCCAAUGACUCCAUCCGGAAAAAUUCUGAAGAGGAAAGUUCGUGAAUUGAUCUCAGCGAAACGAAUAGUUGAAUAAAAUUAGCCCGUCACAUACGGCAAUUCAUCUUAAAAGAAUUGAAGUACAAGAUUUGAAAU